AUGCAUAGAGGCUCGGCCUGGAGAAUUCCUCCUUCAGUCCAAAUACACAAUCGCCGUAAUCGGUGCGAUGCGACGGGAGGUGGUUGUCCAGAAUCACGGAUGGCCACCACCCAGGAGAUGCAAGCUUGGUCCUUUAGAGUGGGCAUCAGAUUGCAUGUUGCGAUUAUUGUAUUUGUAUGCAGGCGUAUGCGAGUCGUAAAGGCAGCGGGAAUGGAUCAAGAUCGGUCGGUGGAGGACAAUCUGCAAUGUACAGACAGCCUCAGAGUUUGAGAAGUGGGCUAACUAGCAUACAUGUAGCACUACCCGAGAAAUCUAAACGCAAUCCGUCUCCAUUGGGCCCUUUUGGUUGUGAUUUUACAAUCUGUAUGUGUUGACUAUGUGUAGUCGCCCCCCCACCUGCUCAAUCGGGCACCGCUCCCGCUCCAGUUCCGAAGGGCGUCCCCACCUCCCAGACGUUGGUA